AUGAAUAAGUGUCAUGCUGCAGUUUUCUCCGAUUUAAAAGGUGCAAAAACACUAUUUUCGUGUGGAAAGUGUUAGAUCAUAAAGGCAAAGGAUAAGGUUACAAUUGGUCCUGAUAUUAAGCCGAUUUUUAGAAGAAAAUGGCUUUUAUUAGAGCAAAUUUGAUGCUGUUUUGCUUUCUGUCAAAUGCUGCUGUACAUUUUGCACUACCUGCUACAAUGUAUCCAACUAGUACAAUGUCAAACAGGGCAAAUCGAAUAAGACAAAACGUCACAAGCAAUUUAGACCCGGAGUUGGACCUGGAAGCGUUAGGAGAUGUUGAGAAUAGGCCACCAGGAUAUAUGCGACCUACAAAAAGCGCUUCUACGACGGAAAAAGCAAAGAAUUCUGUCGCGGCUGUGACGAAAGAUUUGUUGUCGACAGCUGUUGCACCUCCAUCUUCGACUGUCGGUGUAGAUGCUGGUACCCAGGCAUUGCAUGGUGUCCCGAGGACAACAGGGCCUGCUGUGCAAGCUACACACAUGACUCCUGACUCUACAAAUGUAGUCACGGAUGUUGAUACUAUUACUAGUAGAUCUGAAGAUAGCACAACCCAAAAUCCUGAAACGCCAACAGUUGUGAUGUCGACUGGAAUAAAAGAGUUGACAUCGGGGACAUAUUCUACUGCUACUCCGUCUUUUACUAUAGAGCCAUUAGAUUUUAUCCCAAGCCCGCCAUGUCAUAUCAACGCAAGCUCACUUUCACCCAUAAAAAUCAUUGUCACGUGGCAGGCACCAAUAAACGUCAGCUUACGAUACAUCGCAGGAUAUACGGUGCAUUACUUCAGGUCGAAGUUCAAGGACAAAGAACCCCGCCCGAAACCCAUCAAACUGAUGAAUGCUGCCACCUAUGCUGCAUUCCGAGACAUCAGUGGUUUGAAUCCAGGAACGAAUUACACGGUCUAUUUGACGGUCAACUUCACAAGUGACGUCUCAAUGACGUCAGACUCUGUCUGGGUGAUAACGAGAGGAUAUGGACCAGACAGACGAUGUAUUUGUGACCCAAUGGGAGCCAUCAAUGUGUCAAUCUGCGACGGAGUCACCGGACAAUGUCCGUGCCGUGACUUAUACGCCGGAUUAUCCUGCAGUGCAUGCCGGCCUGGUUUCUAUCGGUUCCCCCGGUCCCCGUGUGCACCAUGCCCUUGUAAUGUGACAGUCUCAACUGGAGUUUGUGGCACAGAGCACAGCCAAGUGAUGUGCAUGUGCCGUGGUGACAACAUCGGGCCGAGAUGCGAAAUCUGUAAAAACGGUUUCUACCUGGAUACAAAUUCGGCAUUAUGUAAAACAUGUGAUUGCCAUGGUAACGCCAAAUUGAAUUCGCCGCGUAUCUGUGAGGAAAAUACAGGUAAAUGCUUGGGCUGCCAAUUCAACACCACAGGUUUCAAGUGUGAAAAAUGUUUACCUGGAUUUACGGGGGAUCCGAUUGUGUCGAAAAAUUGCACAAAAAUGGAAGUUGACGACUCUUCCUCAUCGCCCGUCGACAUCAUAAAAAAAUUAACCCACCGUGGCCACGUGGUGAUCGGCGUCUCGGUGACAUUCGGCUUAAUAUUUUUCGUAAUCAUCGGCAUGCUCGGAUGUAAACGCUACCUGAACUGGCGCCGAUGGCAACCGCAGCCAUUUUGGACGGUCGAGUUGAAAGACGAUCACGAGACGGUGAGUUUCUCUUCGAUGGUCGACCAGGAAUAUCAAAAUGUUGACGCGGCGCUGCUUAUGGAUGAUGUCGGUUACUACGACCAGAGUAUGCAGGGACAAUUACGGGUGAAAAGUCCGGAGAACGCACCGUCGUAUCAUUCGAUAAACGCUUGAGAGGUGGCGCUGUGGAUUCUUUUGAAGUGUUCACGGUUCGAGGCUUGUAUAAUUGAAGUUUAUGUACACUGGUACUAGGUGUCGAAAAAAAGAUCAUUCACUUUUGAUUUUGAACAACUCCCUGUUUGUUUCACUACAGUAACUCAUGCGUAUCAGUCAAUUCAUAUCACAAUUCAUACCACGGGAUGUCAUUUGACUACCGUAGCUGCAGCCGCUGUUUAUUAUCAUCAUUAUAUCUAGUGCGCAGUGUACCCCUCUUGUAGAAUAAUAGUUUAGAAACUAUUUAAAAUCAAAAGUGUAUGAUCUUUUUUGUGUCACAUAAUAUGUUGCAGUUGAAAAAUUCUAAUGUGGAUGAGAGAAAUGAUGUGUACAUAGUGUCAUUUUGCCCUGUGUUGCUUCGCUGAUGCCAAUUUCCAGUCCUAUAUUGCUUAACAAGAUGGUUAACAGUAGACUCGGCCUUAAAUACCCUCUUCAACAGUAGACUCGGCCUUAAAACCCUCUUCAACAGUAGACUCGGCCUUAAAUGCCCUCUUUAACAGUAGACUCGGCCUUAAAUACCCUCUUCAACAGUAGACUCGGCCUUAAAUACCCUAUUCAACAGUAGACUCAGCCUUAAAUGCCCUCUUCAACAGUAGACUCGGCCUUAAAUGCCCUCUUCAACAGUAGACUCGGCCUUAAAUGCCCUCUUCAACAGUAGACUCGGCCUUAAAUGCCCUCUUCAACAGUAGACUCGGCCUUAAAUGCCCUCUUCAACAGUAGACUCGGCCUUAAAUGCCCUCUUCAACAGUAGACUCGGCCUUAAAUGCCCUCUUCAACAGUAGACUCGGCCUUAAAUACACUCUUCAACAGUAGACUCGGCCUUAAAUACACUCUUCAACAGUAGACUCGGCCUUAAAUACACUCUUCAACAGUAGACUCUGCCUUAAAUACCCUCUUCAACAGUAGACUCGGCCUUAAAUGCCCUCUUCAACAGUAGACGCGGCCUUAGAUACCCUCUUCAACAGUAGACGCGGCCUUAAAUACCCUCUUCAACAGUAGACUCGGCCUUAGAUACCCUCUUCAACAGUAGACUCGGCCUUAGAUACCCUCUUCAACAGUAGACUCUGCCUUAAAUACCCUCUUCAACAGUAGACUCGGCCUUAAAUACCCUCUUCAACAGUAGACUCGGCCUUAAAUACCCUCUUCAACAGUAGACUCGGCCUUAAAUACCCUCUUCACUCAGUCAUUCUGCUGACAAGGUACUGUCACUUUCCUACUUUCAGUGUCUGGCAACAACUGAUUAUUUCGCACGCACAAUACCCUCACAUCUCAGUAUUAUCUAGUUCCCCAUUACCUCCUAGUGUGAACAGUCGUGAAUUCCAAUCCAUGCCAGCAGAGCUGAGUUAGGGCCCGAUUUCACUACAGUGGAGACUGUCACAGUUUCCCACUUACACAGUACCGGUUUAGGAUACUUUAAAUCAAAAUAAACAUUGGCUCAAUUAUUCACCACAAGAUGAGGUUUCCAUCCAGAUACGAAAAGAUCUUAACAAACAGAGCUAAAAGAACCAAUUUUACUGUAAAGAUUUAUAAUCUGCUGCAGCAAGAAUGUUCCUUUAUUGGGUUCACUAGCAGUAGUUUGUAGCAGUGGGAAAUCAAUGAUUGGUGACUCUUUGUUUGAGAAAUUGACACUGAAUCAGAGAUAUUGGUGGUCUCGAGGGUGGCGCUAUAAUGUAGACCAACACCAAGGCAGCAGCCUCACCAUAACCGCUGCCACAAAAACGAGGCACAGUGCUUUAUAUGUAUAAACUGUAAACAGUGCUAUACUGCAACCAAGGUAUUUUGGAGUUGUUUAAUUUGAAAUUUUCUUCUGAUCAUCCGUGGCUGAUUGGAAACCUCAUUUAUCGUGGUGUUAUUUACAUGAAGAUAUUUUUUCAAGAGAUGUAGCUACUAUUGCAGAGUGUUUCAAUAUACAUUGUGUAAAUGAUAUAAAAUAUGUUAUUUAUGUCAAAAGUUGAGGAGUUUGGUUCAAAGAUGAGAAAAAGGUGUUAGUCUGAUGUGUGCUUUGAAGCAUUUGACUUUUUGGCCCAUUUAAUCAACAAGGUGGUGUGAGGUUCGGGAGCAAGAACAGCCCCGGAAAACGUUUUUGGUGGAGAAAAUCAUCCUUUGAAGGGAGUCCAAUACAGCCAAUAAAUACAGCACCAUAGUCUAACACAGAAAUUUUAGAUGUGAUGUUUGCCGGUAUCUUGUUUUUGAACCAAGCUGUUCAGUUGUAACCUUUUAAAGGAAAAGCUAGCCAUUUUGAAGAAAAAAAAUUAUAUAUUGAGUGUUUAAAUUUUGAAAUAUUAGUCAGGCUGUUUAAUCAUUGUUUCGCGAUGUAAUUUAUAUAAUCGUUACAUUUUUGUCGAUUCACCUUUUGUCUUUUGAUGUUAUGUUUAAUAAUUUAAGUAAGUUUGGUUAGUUAUGUGGGAAAUGGUGUUUUUUCGGGACGCCAAGAUUGCCUCAAAAUAACUAUUCGAAUUUGAGAAAGAGGAAACAAUUAUCAGGAAAAUUGGGGUACAAAUGGGAAUCUAUAGAUUUUCCGUUCAAUAAUCAAAUGGCAAUGACCAAAAUGUUCUCAGAAUAGGCCUUGCAGAUUAUAUGCCCUGUACUGGCUACAUUGGCCUGGUGUCAUGCAAUAAAAGCUAUUAUCAUUGAUUUCAUUAGUCCUGAUCAAUCCACCAGUAUUGUGUUCUUCACCAUUUACUCACAUAAUUCAUUACCGUUAGUCAAAUAUUGUUCUUUUUCGUCAGGAAUUGCUCAUUUUUCACUGCCUGUUGUUUGUCGUUUUUUCAGAUUUUUGAAACAUUUAUUUUUGUUUGUUUAUAUUGGUUAUACAAAGUUUUUCAAAGUAUACUGUAUCCAUUCUGGUAGUUAUCGUGUGAAAAGCACCCGCACACAAGUGAUUUUAUUUGCUGCUAGCUGGGAUGUAAAUUGCAUGCGACGAUUUGCGGUUUAAUCACAUGUCGCAGUGACUUGAGAGUCAGUAUCAAACCCAGUGAUAUCGAUUUUAUCCGCAGACAAGUGAUCAUUUUGUUGCACUUUGCAGCGCUUAAAGUCACAAGUAGCUGCAAUUCAAAUUGCUGGUUUGCGUGGUGCUUUAGCCGUCAUCCAUUAACAUCAAAUGUGUUUCACAAUUCUAACAAAGUUUGGGAAGAGUUUUCUCGCUUCGAUGCCGUUGAAAUUGCGCUACGCCGACGAUGUUUUCGUUGAUGACAUCACAACAUGAACAUUUUCGCGGUCGCGGUGGUUUACAUUCAGCGAUUUUAUAAUAAAUCUAAUCAAAAAUGGAAAAUUUGAGCUUUACAUUUGUGGUCAACAAUUAAAAACAGACGUAUUUCCGCAAAGUUAUAAAUCACAUCAUUGUAUCACUUUAAUUGUUAGCAUUGUGGAACUCAUUGAUGUUUACAGACGACCCAUUAUAGAAAAGCUAUUAGAAAUGACACCAUUGAGAUUGAAGUUGAUCUGUUGUUUCAGUCACAGUUCCUGUUAUGUAUUCCCCAUUUGUUUUUCAGGGAUGCUUAUGUUUAUGAGUCGUUGUUUUGUAAUCAUUUGAGUACUACGUUACUUUGACCAGCACUGGUGAAAAUGAUAGGCCUACCCGUAGACUGUUGGAUUUUGCAGUGGUAAAUCCAAAUCUAAAAGUGGGGACAUUUUGUCUACCGCUCACCCGUUGACUGCCGACGUCACGUCUUGACUUGAGGCUGACGAUUUGGUAAAGUCAGAGGUUCAAUUAUCACUUUUCCAUCGCCAACAUCACAUCAAUAAUGCAGCAAUUUCCCAUUAAAGGGAUACACCGUUCGUGUUUUAUCAUGGGCCAGGGCAAUAGAAUGCAGUAGUAGUGCAGUUAUCAUGCAUUCAACGUACUAACACCUGGUAUAUACACACUGCAACCGCAAUGUUAAAAUUUACAUUCGGUAUGUGUUUUGAGAAUUGGAAAAUUGGAAAAUUCAAUUACAAAAUUUCAAAUUGUUAACGAACGGCGGAGACCUUUAAGUAACGUCAUGAUGUAUAUGGUUAUAAAGUGUAUCCUGUGGCAGUGGGACGUCCGACUUUGAGCAUCGAAACAUGUUAUUUUCGUUUUGUUUACGUUUAUAUUAGCAUCGCCAUUCCAAGUGUCAGUGUCAAAUUCAGAUUAUUUUCUUUACUUGAAUAAAUGAGAUUGAUAAGAAUUCUACA